AUGAAACUCCUAUACUUCCAUGCGCUAUUCUUAGCAGUUGCGGUUCAAAAGUCGUUCCAGCAGGCUGUUGCCGGCGGCCAAGACAAUAACAACAACGACGGAGGAGGAGGAGGAAGCACCAACUCUAAUACCACAUCCAGCAGCGUAAGCGUUCAGCUGUCGCCUUCAACCACAGGGUUUUCGUCCACGGCUUCGACGGAAUCGUCGUCACUUUCCACGGCGGAGCCAUCGUCGUCGUCGUCGUCAUCAUCAUCGAGCUCCAGCGUUCUUUCACCAACGUCGUCGUCGUCAUCGUCGUCGUCGUCGUCAUCCUUCUCGUCAUCGCCAUCUUUUAGUGACUCCUCAUCUUCCGUCAGCUCCUCGCAAACCUCGUUCUCGUCACUGUCACCAACCACGAGCAGCAGCUCAAGUUCAAGUUCGAGUUCCAGCUCCAGGUCAAGUUCCAGCUCUACGCCAAGCUCUUCGUCUUCACAGUCCUCAUCCACCGAAUCUUCGUCGGUCCCGAGCAGCUCACGGUCCAGCUCGAGCGCUGCCCCCAGCUCCAGUGUCUCGGGCCCCUCAUCGACUAGAUCCUCAUCGUCAUCGUCAUCAUCAGGAUCGUCGUCGAGAUCGUCGUUGAGAUCCUCGUCGUCCUCAUCAUCAUCUUCAUCCUCAACAUCGUCGUCGUCGUCAUCUCCAUCUUCAUCUUCAUCUUCGUCGUCGUCGCCAUCCUCAUCCUCGUCGUCAUCUCAACCCUCAUCAUCAUCUUCGUCUUCGUCGUCGUCAGCAUCGUCUUCAUCCUCGUCGUCAAGCUCCGCAAGAUCUUCGUCGUCAAUGGCCACCACCUCCGCGGCGUCCUCAGGCUCUUCCAAAACCGAUCAUUCGUCGUCGAUUACUGCUGCGCCAUCCACCACUAGUUCUGACGUAAUAACAACUACAGUGGACGGCAGAACCUUGGUCUCCACCGUCUACUACACCGCUAGUGGCACUGUGGACUCCAAGAAGAGUUCCGGUAACAAAUCGGGACUUUCCAAGAAAAAUCGUAACAUCGUGAUCGGGUGCGUCGUGGGCAUUGGAGUUCCUCUUAUCCUCGCUUUUUUGGCCUUCCUAUAUCUGUAUUGCGUGAGGUCCAAGAAAACAAACUUCAUCAAUUCUGAAGGCCAUGUCGUCACUGCUUACAAGCAGAACAACUUGACCAGAUGGUGGUACUCGCUAAUGGGCAAAGACGUUGGUAACGAAUAUGAUGGUGACACCCCUAUCGGAGGCACAUCUGAUCUCGACGAAGAUGCCGAGGGCAUCGGGCAUCACGCCAAUGGCGUUCACAGAAACCCGACAGACGGGCGCGGCUCUCACUCCAAUGACUUGAUGUUGGACGAGGAGAAGUACUACGAUGAGAACGGAAACGAACUCAGCGCCCGCAACUAUUAA